AUGGCUCCAAAGGACUCCCAGGUCAGUGCAUCGAACGAGAUGACCGGCAAUCCUCCCUCCUCCGUGCAGGGACGGUCGCGAAAUGGGUGCAUCACUUGUCGCAUCCGUCGCGUUAAAUGUGAUGAAGAACGACCGCACUGUCGACGAUGUCAGUCAACGGGCCGCAAAUGCGACGGGUACACGCCUCUCACGGGCCAGCAACCGAAGCAGCAACCGCCACAGCAAGCGGCGAAGGCAGGCUCAUCUGAGUUGCGCAUUAUCCAGCACACGCCGCAGGUGACCCAGCCCACGCAGCUUUGCAUGUUCCCCGGCGUAGAUACACUGCUCACAGAAGACGAAUAUCGAGCGCUGGAAUUUUUCAAUGUUCAAACCGUCUCAUGCUUUGGACCGCGUGCCGGGGGCUGGCUGCUGAACGCCGCCUGCCAGGAUUCGGCCAUUCGACGAGCUGCGAUGGCCCUAGGGACCAUGCAUCGCGUCGUGCUAUACCACAGCAGGACGCCUCCGCACGAUCGCCGCAGAGGUAUGCAGCUCGCUCUGCAGCAGUACAACUCGGCUAUUCGACAGGGACUAAAACUGUUUGCGGGCAGCAACGACAGCUCCGCGGACGGUAUCCUUUCCAUGUGCGUGCUCUUCUUCUGCUUGGACAGCCUUCAGGGCCACUUCCGAUCGGCUUUGCGACAUGUAGGGUCAGGGCUGCGCAUCCUCGCCCAGCGCCAGCUACGCGGACAACGGGCGGAGAACACACUGUUGCCACCGGACGUGAUUCAGUCGUUGUUCGCCGCCCUGGAGGCCCAGAUGCUGGAAAUCGAUGGCCAGUCGCCGCUGUUAGAUGAAAAUGGACUGCCCGUACGAGGCGCCGGCCGGCCGGCGCCCCUCUGGACGCUCGAGGAGGCCCAAGAUACCUUUCGAAGCAUCUACAAUGAUUUUCUUCGCUUGUUGAGCUUCUCAGCAAGACUCGAAGAGCCGGUCGACGAACUGGAGAUGGUGCAGAUCGUUGAACAGGUAAUGGCACGCAAACAGCAGGUGCAGACGGAUCUCGACGCCUGGUCGCUCGAGUUCGACCAUUUCCUCGCCCACAUCUUCCAUUGGGGCAACCAGGCGUCGCAGCAAUCGGUCCGAAUGCUCCAGCUCUGGCGCACCAUGCUGACCAUGGUGCUGCACAUGGGGUGGCCUCCCCAAGACACUGCUUGGGGGAGCCAUCUCAGCGAACUCAAUAUAAUCCUCGACCUCGCCGAGCAAAUUAUCGUCAUGUCGCCCCCUCUAGAACUAGAAUCAUCGGCCGGUUCGACCUUCAGUCUUCAGGGGCACUCUCGCGCCGGUAGCCCCUCUGGGUCCCGUAGCCGCAGCAUGUCCACGUCCUCGUCCGCGUCUCGCGAUGACUCUCCAACAACAACAACAACAACAACAACAACACCAACACCACGACUCAAAAAGGAAACAGACCCCCAAUCCACCUACACCCCCAUCCUUCCCCGCCCAUUUCACUCAUCACCCUCACGAUUUACCUUGGCCCUCGGCAUCCUCCCAGCCCUUUGGACAAUCGCAACCCAAUGCCGCGACUCUAGCGUACGCUACCGCGCUAUCGACCUGAUCGGACGCAGCAAGCGCCGCGAAGGUGUCUGGGACUCAGACCUGCACUUUCGUCUGGCACUGCAGCUUGCUCGCCAUGAAGAGCAAGCGGCGGGGCUGGACGCCGGCGCGGAGUACACCCACGCACGUAUCCCGCCUGAGGCGCGGGUGACGCUAAAUGGAAGAUUCGAUGAGGGACGGAAGGCUAAGAUUAGCUAUAUUCGAGAGAAUGUUAGGGUCGGGGAGGAGAUUUUUCACUGGUAA